GCUCAACAACCUUCCAAUCAAUGCUACCGGGUGGUCGUAAACAGUCGUUUCCGAGCUGUCCACGAAUAUGCAUCCGUUCGUUUGGAAUCACACCGAUCAACCGCGAAAUCCGAACUACGAAAAGGACAUCGUUUACGUGACGAAACACGUGAAAUGGAUUUUGAAUUCCAUCGGGAUCUGGCCUGUCAUGUUAAAGACUAUCGGCGAAUGUUUACCAAAAAUCGCGAUCGUACUUAGUAAUUUGGUGGUAUUUUUCAUCCAAGGGCUGUACGUGCUGCACAUCAUACUAGAACAACAGGAUAAUUUUCUACGACUGAGACUCCUGGCCUUUGCUUGGUACUCUUUAAUCUCCUUGAUGAAAUUUUGGGCUCUGACAAUGCGCAAACCGAAUAUCAAGUACUGUGUCGAGGAAAUGUAUGCCGAUUGGAAGCAGGUGGAACUCCAAAGAGAUCGCACGCUGAUGCUGAAAUACGGGAAGAUCGGACGUGACCUGACAAUUUACAGCGCCGUGUUCAUGUAUAGCGCUAGCAUGUCCUACGUCGCGGUUAUGCAGUACGCAGUGGGAUCGCACGUAGAUGAAAACAAUCGUACGAUCAGAGUGCUAGUGUAUCCUGCGUACAGUGGCCUUUUCGAUGUUCAAAAAACUCCCAUCUACGAAACCGUGUACAUUCUUCAAUGUAUGUGCACGUUUGUGCUCAACACCGUAUCAUCUGGCACUUGCGGAUUGGCUGCGCUCUUCGCAACGCACGCCUGCGGACAAAUCGACGUAAUCAUGUCUCAACUGAACGAUCUGGUGGACGAAAAAUUCACCUUCAAGAAGAAUUACGAUCCGGACACUCGACUGAUGGAAAUCGUGCAACAUCAUAUGAAAAUUUUAAAAUUCUCUGCGAUUAUCGAGACGGUUCUGCAAGAAGUGUGCUUUUUCGAAUUCGUUGGCUCCACGUUUGUAAUAUGCUUGCUCGAAUACUACUGUAUAACGGAUUGGCAGCAAAAUAACAAGUUCAGUCUAAUAACAUAUUCGAUGCUGCUAUCGUCCUUAACGUUCAACAUGUUCUUGUUGUGCUACAUUGGCGAUCUAUUGAUAGAAAAGAGCGCUAACGUUGGAAUAUCGUGCUGCAUGAUCAACUGGUACCGCUUACCAAUUAAAACGUCUCAAGGCCUGAUUUUGAUCAUCGCUAUGUCGAACAACCCGCUGAAAAUUAGCGCCGGUCGAAUAAUUUAUUUGUCUUUGUCUACUUUCGGAAGCGUUUUAAAAACGUCAUUCGCAUACUUAAAUUUCGUUCGUAGUACCGUUAUAUAUUAAUAAUUAAAUGACUGCUCUCGUG